AUGGACAUAAUCAAACACAAACACAUACCGAAACAUGAAUUUCAUCGGUUGAUAUCAAAUGUGAAAUACAUUGACAGUACACUUUCGCUACAUUUCAUCAACCACGUCACUAACCCCCUGGCACAAGAGAUUCUCCAACACGCAUCAAAUUUGGCGCAAUGGAAAAUCAACAUUAACAAUUUGGAGAACAUACUAGCGAUUUCACCAUUAUACAAGAUAUAUAGAAACCAACAUGGAACGUAUAUGUCGUUUCCGGAUAUUAAGGGAAAAGAUCGAGUUGGUGAAUUUACCCAAUCGGUGAAUAAAUGGAUCUCAAUGCAUCAAGAUGACAAAUCACUUGCCAUGAUAAACUUGCGUGAUGUAUGGAUACGAACCACAUCACCAAGAAAAGUCACAAAGAUGUAUUCAUCACCGUCGCUUACUACAUCAGCAUCGCCAUCGCCAUCGCCCUCGCCAUCACCUACGAAACUGAGGACUAGAUUCGCGGACUUGAAGAAUUCUCGAUCGAAAUUCACGUUCAAGGAAAAGAAUGCCGCUGAGGAAAGUAACAAACAUCAAGGAAUGUCUUUACUUGAAAGGAUCAAAAUGAAGGAGAAAUUGAACAAUUCAGCAGGAGCAAUAACCAAGGAACAGAAACGCGAACAAUACCUUGCUGCCAAGAUGGAUCAAAUUUACAAUGUUAUACAUCAAUUGUAUCUCGAGGGUAUAAACUCAAGUAGUAGUAACAAUACCAAAGGGGUAUCACUUUCAUUCACGAAAAUAGUUCAAAUUGUACGUGAUACUUGUGAUGAAGAUCAAAUGGAUCAAGAUGACAUUCGUCGUAUUGUACAGUUGAUCAAUGAUAGAUUGACCAAUUUUGCAAUUUACGAAAAGGCGGGCAUCACAGUAAUACGAGUAUCGCAUUUGAAUCGUGUUGAAGAUUUGGUUACACUUGGUGGUACUAGUGUCAUAAAUUGA